AUGGAUGGGAUUGGCACCGUGCAAAGGAAAGCCGCCGUUCCGCAGCGCACAGUGCGAGUGGGGCGGAAUGCACGGUGCGGAGGAAGCGAGACUGUGCAAUUCGUGGAAGAAUGGCGGGAGGAAAAAGCGAGGGCGGAAACGAUUCCUGGGGUGCGCCCUCAGGGAAAUGGAUCGCCUCGGCCCGCAGUGUGGCCACGAUCAAUCUGUGGGGAUGCCCUGGGGGCUGGAGCGUGUGAGAUCAAGGGGGACGGGGAGCGUUGUCGCCCUAAAAAACGCCCGUUUUUUUGUUCUUCACCCAAAAAAUUCGUACAGUUGGCGAGUGGGAAACGGCGAGAAUUUGAACGAAAAAAAGGCCCGAAUCGAGAGUGCGACACAGCCAAAACAGCCCUCGCCCCGGGUCCGAGUGAGAAUCGCACCGUGCGGUCGGGAGGUGGUGGCGGCAGAGAGUGUGCGGAGAGAAGAGAGCACCGACAAACACGGCGACGGACUCGCGGCGAGCGCUUCCAGCCCCCAUUUCGAAGUUGGGGAGGGACGUCAAAAUUGGAGCCAGCCGCCUCCCAGCCCCCUCUCUCAAUUUUUUCGACAGCGAUUUUGGCCCGCGCUCUUUCGUCGCUCUUGGUCGUCCGCGCCCUCCGCUCGCACCGUGCAUUCCUCCUGCACUCUCCCGAUCGCACUUUUCUUCUUUUCCGCGUGCACCGUGCAGUCGUCCGCCUCCAACUCGCCAAGUCCCCUUCCCCUUUCAGACUUCGGUCGGCUUCGAGAACACUCGCCCUCCCCCUUCCCUCGGACCCCGAAUGCAUUCGCAUCGCAGAGUUUGGUCGCUGCUCUGACUCUCUGUCAGUCUCCGCUCUUUCUCUCCCUCGUCGCAAAAACUUUUUUCGCGUUGCGUCCGGUCGUUGGUUUCCGAUUUUCGGUCCACAGCGACAAAAUGCCUCCGAUUUCAACCACCCGCGGCGACUCCGAAGGUCCACGACCAAACUUGGGACCGGGCGUUGCGAUGGACGGCGACAAAAAAAAGUGACGAUAAGCCGCGAUGUCCUCCAAAACGCCUGCACAGUGCAAGCAGAAAAUGCACAGUGCAAAAUGUUGAAAACGAAUGCACGGUGCGAAUGA